UUCUAUUGUAAAAGAUCGCGCUACGAUCAACAAGUAAUAACUGAUAAUUAUCAUAUUUCAUACACCGGUGGUAUAAUUCAUAUGGAUUGUAUUUAAAUUUUUGUUGUGUAACAAUGUGUAAAUGCAAUAAAUUUCUAUUAUUACAUAUUGGGUACAGCUAGCUAGUCACAGCAUUUAUAAUUAAAUAUUUGUAUAAAAUUACUUACUAUGAUAUAUUUUAACCGCACUGCAGUAAUUGCAAUUAUUAUUGCUGCUACUGCAUUUUCUUUAAAAUGUUGGCGUCAUCGACGACGUCCUAUUAAGGACCUUCGCAUACCAUUAAUUGUAAUAACAGGAUGCGACACAGGUCUAGGAUAUUCUACAGUUGUAAGGUACACAAACAAAAACAUUUCUAGAAAAAUAGCUAUUAUUGCUUUAUGUUUAAAUGAAAAACAAGCAAAACACCUUACAGAUCUAUUCAAUAAUAUUAAUUUAGAAGCUUGGUCCUUUGAUUUACGUGAUUCUAAAUCUAUUAAACAAACUGUUACAAGAAUAAAAUCAUUGAUUGUUUCUAAAAACUAUAAAUUGCAUGCUGUUGUCAAUAAUGCUGCGCGAAUGGUAAUGGCCGAGUAUGAAUGGCAAACUAUUAAUUUGAUUCAAGAACAAUUUCAAGUUAAUGUUCUCGGCCCAAUGGAAUUCACUUCUGGAUUGCUUUCAACAUUACGUCAUGAUCAGGGUCGAGUAAUUAAUGUUGUUAGUCAUUGUGCUUUAAUGCCAUUACCUGGCAUAGCAAUUUAUGGAGCAACAAAAGCAGCCAUUUGUGCAUGGACGAUUGGUGCCAGAGCUGAACUUUCUCCUGAACAUGGUGUAAAAAUGAUAAUGUUUUACCCUGGAUCAUUCUAUAUGAAUUCGUCUAUUAUGGGUAGUAAAAAACAACGUGAAGAUUAUUAUGAUGAAAUUUUAGAUGGAUUUUCAGCUGAAACAUUAUCAUACUAUGGUAAACAUGUGCUCGCUUAUAAAAACUAUUUAGAAGUAGUUAAUUCAUAUAUUCGUCCGAAAAAAGAAGUUAUUCCUAAUGCCUCAUUGUACAAACAAUUAGAUCAUGCAUUAUGGUCUGAAAAACCUAGGGCUGAAUAUAAAGUUCCUGUUCCUUUAAGAUAUAAUAUUUACUCAACUUUAUCUUGGAUUAGUUUAAUAUUUGGAUUUCAUAGUUUAAGAGAUGAAUUAAUUCGAAGAUUUGUGAGUAUGCCUAGAUGAUUCAAACUGUUUUUGACAAACAACACAAAAAGCAGUAGAAGAAGAGGAGACACUACCGCCACUACUGCUUGCUUCUUUUAACCAUGUGGUAUAUGAUUUAACAAUACACUAAAAAAGUUAUUUUACUACUUUACAAG